GACUCACCUAAUCCACAAAGAUUACAACCUGCACCGGAUAUUGCCCCGGUUCACGUCCCCGUUCACUUGGCCUCUCCUUGAAAGCGUCUACGUUCGCACGUUCCCCUUGUUCAGUUCCAAUUCAUAUAAUAGAAGCCACGCACGAUCCAAUCUUAUCUAAAGAAGAAGCAAGCAGUUCUGUCUCUCGAUCUCUCUCGAUAUAGACAUGGCUUCGACUGGUAAGAUCGAAAAGACGGAGGAGGAAUGGAGAGCUGUUCUUUCUCCCGAGCAGUUUCGGAUCCUCCGCGCAAAGGGCACCGAGUUGCGAGGCACGGGGGAGUACAACAAGUUCUUUGCUGAAGGUGUUUAUGACUGUGCUGGAUGUGGGACUCCGCUUUACAAGUCCACCACCAAGUUUGAUUCUGGCUGUGGCUGGCCAGCUUUCUAUGAGGGUUUCCCUGGUGCAAUAAAUCGCACCCCGGACCCAGAUGGAAGAAGAACUGAGAUUACAUGUGCAGCUUGUGGCGGGCACUUGGGCCAUGUUUUCAAAGGCGAGGGAUUUUCGACACCGACUGAUGAACGCCAUUGUGUCAACAGCGUUUCAAUCAAAUUUGCACCCGAGAAAUCCUCGUGAAACUCGAGAACAGACUAUGCUUGGAUUUUAGUGAAUAAUGGAAGGCAAAUAUGGGACCUACUUAUGGGUGAUGAAAGGACAUUAUGGUUUUGCAUAGAAUGUGUUCUCUGUGAUAUAGUCCAGAUGAGCGGAGUAGCUGGAGAUUAAACUGAAGAUUCCGCUUUGGCUUUGCUGUGAAACUGAUUGAAUUCUGGUUUCAGUAGUUGUUUCAUCUGAGAUUCCGAAUCAUCUAACUUCCACCUAA